AUGAUACAAUUACCUGAUUUAAGAAAGGACCCUAAAGCAACCGCAGAUCUGUGCAAAUGUCGACCAAUCUGCAAAAGCCGUAGAAGGGAAUGGCGAGGUGAAACACAAAAUACAUCCGCUGAACUGUUGCUUGAGCGUAAGCCACCGCCAGAAUGCUUCAGAAGAUGGCCUAAGAAAGUGUAUCCCAACUGUCCGUGCCCCCUGUUCGGUCGCACUCGUCGUGUCAUCAUCAAGCCUCGCGACGAGGUCAGCAAGCCCAAAGUGGUCAGGAUCUGCCAGGCACCAGUGGACGACCAAGUCGAUACACCUUAUUUGAAAUAUGCGGAAAUCGCUAAAAGACUCGUGAAUGGUCGUUGUGCGUUCUGUCCGUGCGGCGGGUGUUGUCCGUGCGGCACGCGCGACUACGCAUCGCACGACGGGGAGCGUGCGACGGUGCGCGCACACAACGAUAUGCGAGAAUUCGAUGCCCGCGUCAAACAGGACUAUAUGGAGAUGCGUAUCAUGUACGACAAACCAUAG